UAUAUAACAGAAAUAGAACAUACCAACAGUUCAACAUGGUGGUGGUAGUGUGAUGGUCUGCAGCUUUGCUACUUCAGGACCUGGACCACCUGCUGUAACUGUGAGCUCUUAACAGACAAUUCUGAAGAAAAAUGUCUGACCUUUGACCUUAAACAGGCCAUUGAAUGUGACUGAAUGAAGAGGGGAACAAAAUCCCUCUCCAGUGAUUAGACUCGUUACAAGUUAUCACAAACACCUGACUGUGACAUCAUUCAUUCACUCGCUCGUGUUCUUCGUCUGAUAUUAACAUUUAUUUUGUAGAUCUGAAACACUGACGUGUGACAAACAGAACAAUCUGUGCUUUUCCACAACACUGUAUCUUUUCAUGUGAGAGGCUUAGUUCAGACCAAAUUCCACUUCAGUGAGAGACAAAUGGAGAAGUGAGCGGGUAAUGAAACUGAUCUGCUCAUGUAAGGAGGAAGUUACGGCGGCAGCCAGGUAGACGCGGCUGGACUCAGAGGGACGCUGACUCUGUCCGCGCUAACAUGUCUCUGGAUGGGACGAAGCUGCUGUUUGAGGGAUUUCUGCAGAAAAGAAAAGACACUUUGAAAAUAAGAUGGGUCACCUACUGGUUCAGACUACAAAACACCACCUUGUUCUUUUACACUAAGAAAAAUGGCGGUGCUACUCACCUGAGAGGACAUUACUACAUAUUCAGAGUUCAGUCGGUCCGAGAGAUUAAAAAAAAUGACCGGAAGCCGUUCCUGUUCGAGAUCAUCAUGAUGAAUGGAAAGAGAAAAAUACUGGCAGCAGAAACAGCAGAUCUCAGGAAGGAGUGGGUCGGACACCUUUGGCAGGCCAUGCAGAUGUCCUCCUCUGGGAUUUAUGAUCCAGGAAUCACAGAGUUUGACCUCUAUGAUCGAGAGCGGUUAAACAGCGACAGCGUGAUGGAGGUGGUGCCCCUUCGACCCAUGUCCACCUUCUCUACCUCAGAGCACAUCUACGCUGAGACGGGGGGCAUCUCCUUACCCUCGUGUGUUCAUGAGGAGGAGGACAGCAAUGAGGACUUGUACCAGAAUGUAAAACAACCACUAGAUCGCAGGGUGAACGCUCCUCAGCCGUCCGGUCAUUUGAGAUGCGAGGAGAACAAACCAGAGGAACUCUACGACGUCUUACCUUCCAGAACAAGCAGAUGUGAGGCUCCUGAGGCAGAGAUGGACGAGGUCGUGUACGACUUCCCUGCAUCUUACAAAGAUCCCACUGAACAGCAAGAAAACAUCUACGACGUACCGAGCUGUGUUUUGAGGAGGAGCUGUGAUCUCACUGAAGAUGAUCAGAUGGAGGAGGAGACCUACUGGAUGAUUUAACAAGAGAAGACUGAAGUUUUUUUAUUUUAAACUUGUGGAUCAGACAUUAUUUAAAAUAUUAGAUGUUUUAAUAUCUGCUUUAUCGUAAAGUUAAAAUAAGUGUAGAUAAUAAUUAUCACCGUUAGCUUAAAAUAUGUGCAACUACAAAAUGAGGGUUUAAUGAGUUUAUUUCUGGAAACCAAAUUAUUUAUAGCUGCAGAGAAAGUGCUGUACAGAAAGUGUCAAAACACACACACACACGUUUCACAGCUUAAAAGUAUACACAUCAACACUUCUAUUGCUCCGUUACAAGCUUUGGGCAGAUUUUAUGGGAAUGAUUUGAUGUAAAGACAUCACACUGUUAAAGCUAGGAGGAUGAAUUAAAACUUACUCAUUAUAUUCUAGUUUUAUUUCUUAGUUUUAAGCCUCGUUUCCUCUAAACUACAUAAAGCAAGUAAACAAGUUACAAAUACUCUAUUCUGUUCACAUAAACUCAUAAAAAUAACUCAUUUUUUAAAUAAUUAUACAUUUACAAAACUGUUCCCACAGAAAGAAUCAAACAGCAUCAUCAGUGUUAACGAGAUAAGUUAAAUACAGCCGAUAUCGAAGGAAAACAAGAACUACUUAAAGAAAAGUGAUUUGUGCGUUUUCAUUAUUAAAGCACUAGGAGGUCACAGAAACAAACAUUAUUAUAAUAAGCUCUAAUUUGGAUAAUUUCUGUGCUCUGGUGAAUAUUUGGCUUUUUACAUCUUUAUAUAUAUACAUACACACACACACACACACUUCACAAAAACCCAAAGAUUGAGACUAUACCUUAAACCUAAGAAUAACCCAUCAGAAGAGCUGCGACAGCACCAUCAUAUUAGUUAGUGUAUACUUCAUUCUUAUUUUAGCCCCAAUAGGUGUUCUGUUUCCACAUCAAACCAUUAGAGUGUUUAGAAUCAGGCGAUCUGAAGUGUUAGUGUUUAGUUUGAACAGAUUAGUGGUUGUGACGGGGUCAGGCCCGAGUCUGCUCUUGGAGGAACUCCUCCAGGACUGAGAUGAUGCUGCAGGCUUCCGGCAGGUCGCUGUGCUCCGCCUGGGCGUUCUGCAGCAAAACGUCGCCAUUCCCGCAGCUCUGCAGGAACUGGGCACAGCGGAAAAGGGCGUAGUGGCUCAUCUCUGCCUGCCGCACAAAGCGCUUCAGGCUGUUCAUGUCCUGGAUGGCCUGUGGAAGAAAAGGUUAAAUAAUUAAAGACCAACAAUUCCCGCAAAGUAAGAUUCAUUAUUUAUUUAAUUCUGAGCUGACAAAUCAGCUUAAAGGGCAGGAUGUCUAGAACAACAGCUCUUCUCACCUUAAGUUUGAAGUUUUCCAGAAUCUGUCGAAGCAGGAAGGGAUUACAACGCUCUGCGGCGUUUAGAAACGCCUGAAUCCAGCCAUCACAGAAACGGUUAGUAUCUGAGGAAACACCAAUAAUCACUAUUGUGGUUCUGUUUAUUCAUCAAUUCAGGGUAGAGCUGUGUAAAUGUGUCAUUCUGUUUGUUCUGUAAUGGCUUGUUUUUAGUUCAUUUUCUUUCUCUCUAGAGAGAAUUACACCAGGAACUUAUUCAGAACACCUUGUGCAGAGUUUAGCCUCACUUAGCUUCCAACUUGAACAACCCUCAGUCGGCCCACUUUUAAUGUUUAAACCAAAGCAGAAAUAUUAUUAUGCAUGUUGAGAAAAGCAAUCCUGACCACGAUUCCUAAAGAGGAGCGAGACGUUCUCCUUCAUGCAUUAAAGGUGCAUGAAGUAAGAAUGACACCCUGUGGUCAAAUUUGGGUACUGCAGUCCACUCCGAGUGACCCCCUCGCGCAUGUUCGUGAGUUUUGUGGCUCUAACCAGUUAUGGAUCAGCACCAGAACAUUCUAGAUGAAGAGCGAAGACGAGUCAUACUCAAUAAGUUGAUAAGUAGAUAAAAACUGCAAUAGUGAGUUGCUGCCAUCUGAAAAAGUAGCUUGAAACUCAAUAGCAUUGUUAGCUCAACGUUAGUCUCAAGCCUUCUUUACCCAAAAAGAUGCUGUGGCUUCUUAGGGGUAUAAGAAACAACUUCUGGGCAGCUCCUGUUUACUGGCUUCAGAUCUUUUAACAACUCAAGAUUUUGCCGGCUGGUGUUGAAUUCCAAACGUGCAGACUCAGCAACCCCGCUGGAUCACAGAUUGUAAACAAGGGCUACAUCCCUCUUUGGCUUUUUAAAGGAGAAAAACUGACAGCCCCAAAUGCGACUGAGAAGGAAAUCUGUUUCAUUGCAACAUAAUUGAGACAUUAAACCGUUUUGUGAUUAUUUCACUGUGGAACUCAUACUUAUUGUACUUUUAACACCUCCAUCUCACUCUGAGAACUUUUUUUGUCCAUUUCUCUGUCGGGUCUCUCUUUGUGAUGUCUUCGCCUGUGCAGUGGGAUCAGACGCUAUGCCUGAUUCACACUGAAUGUGGUCAGGUUUUUGUACGACUUCCACACAGAUCAGAAAUCUGAGUCCAAACAGAGCGUUCAACCCGGCUCCAGUGAAACGCAGAGCUCCAGAAAGUGUCUGCCUGAGUCUAUUUUUUCCACAUGCCUCAUACAGAUUAGCAUGAAGUGGAAGAAGUGACAUGAGCCAGACAGGAAAUGAGAUGUUUUCAGCGAGGUGCAUCAAGGUUUGUUUUAUAAGACCCUUCCUACCUCCAACCAAGGGGCCCAAGGUGCUGAACAUAGUAAAAAGACCAACUAAAACACAAUAAAACAGUUAUAUAGUCAAAUAUAGAAAUAAAAUAUUCAAAAGCAAUAAGUUAAAAAACAAUAAAACAGCAAUGAUGAUCAAAACAUGAGCAGAAAACCAAAUAAAUAGAUCUAAGAAAAACCUUUAGCCUAGCUUUAGCAACCGGUGUUUUGUUUUGUUUCCCAGCUUUUUGUUUGAUGACAGCCAUAUCAGUUCACAGUGUAUGAGAGUAUAUGUUAUUUCUGCAGGUACAUGUUUAAAUGUAUUAUGUUUUACUCAUUAUAAUUAAAUGUAUUAUGUAUUAU